GUAUUUAUUCUCUCAGCAUUACUCACAGCUAUUUAUUCCCGUUGCGUAUUUCGUAGUAGGCGAGUGUGAUAAGUGGUCGAGGUGGUUAGUUGAUCGUUAAGCGUUAGAACACGGAUAUGACUGCUACUAAAGCGAUCUUUCUACCACAAUGUCCUCGACGAGUGAGACCAGACAUCACUCCCAGCCGUUCAGUAUGCAGACAGCUCUUUGGACCCGUUAACCACGAACAAUUGCGAGCAGAUUUACUCAGCGAGAAGGAGAAACUUGGCGAAGAGAACAAUCAGAUGUGGAAUUUCGAUUUCGAAAAUGAUGUUCCUUUGGUAGGCAAGUACGUUUGGGAGAGACUACUUCCCAAAGUUAAUGGAGGAAGAGCAGUCACACGUUUUACUGACCAGGUCAAUGAGAUGGAAACACCGGGAAGAUUGAGUCGCGCUUCAACGCAACUUACUACUACAACUACUACUACUACUACUACUACUACUUCGAUGAGCUCAAGCACGUCGACAUCAGAUGGUUCGAUCUCUGCUCAAGAGAUUGUAUCGAAAGACAAUAGAAGUCACUCACAAACUCGCCUAAGACAUAUCAGGAAGACUAGAUCUACAGGAAAAAUAACGGAUUUUCUGCGAUCAGCUAAAAGACAAAGAACGAGUGAAAAGAGAGCACGAUGCAGUAAACGGAGAUCAAUCCCGAAACAAACAAGUAUAGACUUGUUCGUUCGCAAACAUUAGCUGGGCGUUUCAAUAAAGUUCGUACAAAAUUAUUACACAAGCAACACCAUUUCAUUGUCAAGACAAGUCGAUGGCCUGGCUAAUGGAAUGAAGUUUGAUUGUCUUGCAUACAAGAAUGAUCAGAGUAUCUUUCAAAAAGAAUGUAAAUACUGUAGAUACAAGUGUUCCAACCGUGAAAAUGGAACACAAAAUCUACCAAAAAAAAGCCCAGAAUGCUUUAAUCAUUUUAUUAUUAAUAACUUCACUUUGUGAAGGAUAUUUUAUCACAAUGAUAAGUUUUUCUUUGAAGUUAAUACAUGUCAUCAGAGGAAAAGCAGACUUUGGGUAGUCCCGCAAAGAGCAAUAAACGUCACUUUAAAUCAAUUCACUGUAAGUUCUAUUCAAUCCAUAACAUGUAGUUGUAAAGAGUUUUGCUACUGACAUCCGUAAAAAAAAAAGAAAAAGGCAAAGCUUGUCAGUGUCAACUUUGUUCAAGCACUUGUCUUUUUACCUUUUGGAGGGUAAUUUCUUUAUCCUUUAUACAUUCUCAUGGAUCAGAGUUAGAAUGUUCUGUCUUCAGGAGUUUUGGUGGUUCUCAGUAUGUUAUGAUUUAAAUUCAUGUUGAAAGCUGAAUAUUGGUCUACAAAGAAACAUUGGCUAUUUAAAUUAUUACUCAAUUGAAGAAAUCUGAAGAAUUGGAAUCAUUAAAAAAAUUAAACGAA